AGCCUACUAAAAAUUUAAAAAAUUGUCGAUAAUUAUUUAAAAAUAUAUUUAUUCCGAAACCAGUCUGUUCAAGGUGUUACGUCACAAGUCUAAACCCUCACCUGAUAGAAAUGAAUGGUGAUUGGUUGUUGAACAAUGUGCUCGUGUUUUCCUCGCAGGCUUGUAUUUUUAAAAGAAAGUUAACUCGGCCAACGCAACAAUUUACUCACAAACUGUGUACCAGUUAGAGGUGUUCGGUAGGUACAGUCCUGUUCUCUCUUGUCUCUUCAUUGAUAACGGCGUGAAUACCGAAAUGAAUGACACCCACGUGUCUGCUGAGUGUAUUGAGUUGUACAAAGAAUCAAUUCAUCAUUUAAAACCUUCUAUUGAUGAAAAACAUUACGUGUUCGUCAUUUUUGGGGCAUCGGGAGAUCUUGCAAGAAAGAAAAUUUAUCCAACACUUUGGUCAUUAUAUAGAGAUGGACUUCUACCAAAGAAAAUUACUUUUAUUGGAUUUGCAAGAUCAAAAUUAACAAUAAAUGAAAUAUUUGAGAAAGCAAAAUCAUAUUUUAAUGUAAAUGAUGAUGAAAUGGAAAAAUAUGAAUCUUUUAUUACAAUGAAUAGCUAUAUCAGUAGUGUAUAUGAUGAACCAGAAGGCUUUCAGCUACUAAACAGUCAAAUAUGUAAAUUUGAAAAUGGAGACAUUUCAAAUCACUGUUUCUAUCUGGCUCUUCCACCAAAUAUGUAUGAAGUUGUUGCAGCUAAUAUCAAUUUAUAUUGUAGAUCAAAGAGUGGUUGGAACCGAAUAGUAAUUGAGAAGCCAUUUGGACGAGAUACCAAAAGUUCUGCUAUGCUAUCCGAACAUCUCGGAAUGCUUUUCAAAGAGGAGGAAAUCUAUCGUAUCGAUCAUUAUUUGGGUAAAGAAAUGGUUCAGAAUUUAAUGGUAUUAAGAUUUGGAAAUAGAAUAUUUGGACCUACGUGGAAUCGUGAUAAUAUUGCUAAUGUCAUGAUUUCAUUUAAAGAACCAUUUGGAACUCAAGGCAGGGGUGGAUAUUUUGAUAGUUUUGGUAUUGUGAGAGAUGUGAUGCAGAAUCAUCUGAUGCAAAUGUUAUGUCUGGUAGCUAUGGAAAAACCAAUUUCUACAAAACCUAAGGAUAUAAGAGAUGAAAAGGUUAAAGUAUUGAGAUGUAUGCCAGAAGUGAAACUAGAAAAUGUUGUUUUGGGACAAUAUGUAGGAAAUUCAGAUGCAGAAGGUGAUGCCAGCAGUAGUUAUCAGGAUGAUCCUACUGUUCCUAAUGACUCAAUUACACCAACUUAUGCUUUAGCUACAUGCUUCAUCAAUAAUGAACGCUGGGAUGGUGUGCCUUUUUUUCUUCGUUGUGGUAAAGCUCUAAAUGAAAAGAAAGCUGAAGUACGUAUUCAAUACAAUGAUGUAAAAGGUGAUAUUUUUGAAGGACAAUGUAAAAGAAAUGAAUUAGUCAUAAGAGUUCAGCCAAAUGAAGCAAUCUAUGUUAAAAUGAUGACAAAGAAACCGGGUAUGUCUUUUGAAAUGGAAGAAACCGAACUAGAUUUAACAUAUGGAAAUCGCUAUAAGGGAUUAGCAAUGCCAGAAGCUUAUGAGAGAUUAAUUUUAGAUGUGUUUUGUGGUAAUCAAAUGCAUUUUGUUCGUGCCGACGAAUUGGCAGAAGCGUGGCGAAUCUUCACACCACUUCUACAUACAAUUGAGCAGGAAAAAGUUAAACCAUUACCUUAUCAACACGGAAGCCGUGGCCCAAAAGAAGCCGACGAACUGCUACAGAAAUACGGUUACAAGUUUUACGGAACUUAUAAAUGGGUGAAACCUUCAUAAUUAAGAAGCUAAAAUCCAAACUAGUAGUAACAUAGAUCUGAGAUAUCUUUUUGUAUUACAAACAUUUUUUUUAAUGUUUAUAAAACAUAUUAAACAUUUUCAAAAAUGUUUUUUUGGAGUCUACAAUAUUUAAUAUUUGG